UGCGUUGUUCAUGCUGUCUGUCAGUAGGAUUUCGAUUACGGUUGUUUAAGGAGUGAUGCUCAUUGCCGUGCUGCGCUAUUGUGCUUGAUUGGCGGCACGGAUUUGACAGUAUUGUGUAAUUGAGGCACUAGGAGAGGCUAGAAGAUACCAAGACCGUCGCGCAAAACAGCGUGCCGAACACGGCCCGAAGGGCCGUCUGGACGCCGAUGCUGUAAACAAGAUGUGAACGGUAUCCUAUCCAAGCAGCCGCGUCGUGCCAUAAGAUGGCAGAGCACGACUUCGACCCGCGGCAGCAUCGAAAGCACUUCCACGGUAAUGCAGUCAGCCAAGAUGACGACCGAGAAGGCUGCUUUCACGAUGAAUAUGACCCUUUCGCUGGUGACGGCGAUUUGAUUGAAGAUGACUCGAACAUCUCUCUGACAGCGCCUCCGCAAUCGCAGUGGUACCAUGGACGAUUGGACCGAUACACCGCUGAACAGCGUCUACAAGCUGCUGGUGGGCUGGGCCGCUACCUGGUUCGAGAAAGUGACCGCAAGCCAGGCUCUUAUGUACUGUCUUACCUUGGUCACACUGGCAUCAACCACUUUAGGAUUACUGCUGUAUGUGGUGACUACUACAUCGGUGGCCGUCAGUUUGACUCGCUGUCUGACCUCAUUGGCUACUACACCGGCUGGUCAGACCUGCUCAAGAAGGAACGUCUCAUCCAACCAGUUUCUCCUCCUGAGCCUGUCAAUGACAAGAAGCGAGCCAUAGCAGUGCUGCCGUAUGUGAAGAUGGCUGACACAGAUGAACUCAGCUUCCAGAAAGGAGACAUCUUUGUGGUGCACAAUGACAUGGGUGACGGCUGGCUGUGGUGCACCUUGCAUCGCACUCAGGAGAGUGGGCUUGUCUUCAAGGAGCUCUUAGAGGAACUGGAUGACAAUGUAGACCCAAACGAGAUAUACCCCUGGUUUCAUGGCGACAUCUCGAAGGAGGCUGCUGUUGAGGAACUUGCAAAAAUGGGUCCAGGAAGCUUUCUGGUGCGACCAAGUGACAACUCGCCGGGGAACUUCUCUCUAUUCUUCCACAUUAACAAUACUAUCCAGAGGUUUCGCAUAGAGCGAAAAGGAAACCGUUAUGUCAUGGGUGGACGCACCUUUGACAGUCUUGAGGCUGUGGUGAGCCGCUAUAAGGUGGAACAAAUAGUGGAAGGUCAUGUCCUCGGAGACCCUGUGCUGAAGGCCCCUUAUGAGACCUGUCAAUCAAGCCGUGCCGAAGAGCUUCAGCAUCGAUCACGUGACAUUUACGCCACCCUGCGGGAGAGCCGAGAAACUGGCAUAGCAAAACGUAAAAAGGGCGUUCGAAUGCAGGGAUACCUCUCCAAAAAAAGUGUGGGCAACAAGAAGUGGAAAAACCUGUACUUUGUUCUCAAUGCCAAAGAACUGCAAUUGUAUUUUUUUGACAACCCUAGGCGAACAAAGCCCAAGGGUUUGAUUGAUCUCAGUUAUUCCUACUUGUACAUGGUUCAUGACAGUCUUUUAGAAAGGCCUAACUGUUUUCAGAUUGUUGAAAGAGCCCUCCCUUGUAUCAGCACUGUGUAUUAUCUCUGUGCCAGUACCUCUGAUUUGGUUCGGGAGUGGAUGGGUGCGGUGAGUCCCCUGUGUGUGCCGCAGCUGGCCAAGGGGGUAGCUGGCCGAGGCACCUCGCCAGCCGUCUCCCAGGUGCGCUCGCUCAGCCUCACCCUGCUCGAGGCUCACAGGCUGCCUGUGCGUCUUGCUCCACAUCCCUUCUGCAUCAUUUCCCUCAACCAGGUGAAGGUGUGCCGCACUCAGGUCAAGUGCCCACCUGAUCCAAUCUGGGAAGAGGACUUCCUGCUCGAGGACCUUCCGUCAGACGUCACAUCUUUCACCAUUACUCUUUAUACUAAAGGGAAAAGGUCAAAAGACAUGGAAAUGGCGGAAGUUACAGUCGAGUUGGACAGCUUGGUUAACUGUGAAGAAACAGAAGAGUGGUUUUCUUUGGGUGGCCUGACACCUCCCAUUCGUGAGGACUGGGGGUCCCUGCGUGUACGAAUCCGCUACGUGCAUGAAGUCAUCAUGCCGCUGGCUGAGUACACGGCUUUCAAGGAGCUGGUGGUGGAUGAGGAGCUCCACCUGGUGAGCGUUCUGGCAGACUUAUGCCACAAGGAUCGCACUCCCCUGGCCAGUGCCGUGCUCCGGGUGUUCCGCUACGAGAGAAAGGAGGCGCUCCUGCUCAGGGACAUGAACAACCGCGAGAUCGACCUCGAGGAGGAGACAUCAACGUUGUUUCGCACGACGUCAUUGACGACGACGCUGAUGGACCAAUACAUGCGCUCGACAGGCCACGAGUUUCUGAAGCACACCGUUUAUGACUCUAUCAUUCGUGUAAUGGAUGGGAGACAAUCUUGUGAGUUGAAUCCUAGCAAACUUGACAGUCCCUCAGAAGCCUGUGCCAAUGCUGAGCAUCUGCUCUCGGUGCUGGAUUCGGUUGUUGAGUCUAUUUUUUCAUCUGUGGAAUAUUGCUGCCGCACAUUGAGGUACAUUUGUCAUUGCCUUCAGAAGAAGGUGGCCUCCAAGUGGCCACAUGAUCCUAUGGUAAAGACCAGAGUUGUCAGUGGGUUCAUUUUCCUGCGGCUUCUGUGCCCUGCUAUAUUGAACCCGAGACAGUUCAACCUCAUCAGUGACACUCCAUCAGAGACAGCAUCGCGUAGCCUCAUACUGGUGGCAAAGUGUCUCCAGAACCUGGCCAACCUUGUUGAGUUCGGGGCCAAGGAGCCCUGGAUGGAGGUCGUAAACCCUUUCAUACUCAAGAACAAAAAUCGAAUGAUCCGCUUCCUGGAUGAAAUUGCCAAUGUCCCUGAAAAGCCAGAGCCUGAUGAAACAUUUGUUGGGGACCCUGCCCGUGACUUGGCAACACUGCACCACAUAUGCGUCAUGCACAAAGAUGACUUGCUUGCACAGAGCGACGAAAAGCCCAUAUUAAAGAAAGUAAUAACAGUCAUCGACAUGCUGUCCAAGCAUCGGCAGCACUACAUGGACACUGCAAGGUAGCCACAGUUCAGCAACAUCUGUGCAACCUGAACUACUGCCGAGUUUUUCUGGCGCAAGAAACUUUUGAGAAUGUUAAAGAGCAAUCCAUAAUCCUGGUGAUCUAUGGCCCUAGCCUGCGCAACCCGCAGAAAAACAGCAUGGCUCAUCUGGGACCCUCUCUUGGUUUAGCAAAGGAACCAUUUGUGUUUGCGCUCUACAUUUUCUGCAUCUCUCACCCCAUUCGCCUCUUCAUAAUAUUUUUCUUCGAUGCAGUCACUAGUCUCCGAAAUAAGCAUUGUUGAGGAAACUCAGUAUUAUAAGUACAUAGCAUAUGAUUAGUCUUUGUGAAGCAGUUUAUGAAACUGCUGUCAAAAUAAUGCGGAGUUGACAAGUGUGCUUCUUUAAUAGAAUGCACAUUGGUGUAGCUUACACGAAACACAGAAUAACUUGUGAAUUUCUCAAGUAAUGUCGUGUGCUGGUGGCCAAAAGUAAAGGUAAAUUCCACUGGUAGACUCCGAGCAGAUUUUCUGCUGUCUAAAAUUUUGCUUCGCACUGGUUAAUUCAAGAGCCGCCACUCGUUUCCCAGCGGUCGUAUCAGAUCAACAUGCUCUGCUGCAUAUUACUCUCUUGUCCUGCCUUUUGAUGCAGAGACUCAAACCACAAGUCCCAGAACGUGUCGCACUUUCUGCAUGCAAUGCCUGUCAACUUCCACGUUGAUGGCAGUGCAGAGCAGCACGUUUUUAUACGGGCAGAUUCAGAAUUUUGAAAUCUGAGGUGCUUGCUCGAGGAUUCACAAAGAUCCUCCAGAACGACCAGUGGAAUAUGCCGCAAUUUCUAGCAGUAGACAAAUUACCAAAGUGCCAACGUACCUGAGCCUGACCUUUCCUGUGUUGUUGGUUUCAGCUUUCAGUGUUUUCCACUUCGAGGCAUUUUUGUGAUUAGGUUACAUUACGCCGUUUCUUAAUCUAUUUCUAUGUAACAAUCACUGUGAUAAGGCUUGUGCUAGCCAGAAUGUCGCUUCAUUUGUGCUUAAUGCUAGUAGUAUUACAUCUCUUUGCAGGAAAAAAGAAAAAAAGGCUGCCAUAUUGAGUAACACAGUGAAAUUCUAUGGAUAAUGCAGAUCUUUAUUUUUCCAUGUUCAUUUUCAGUGUAUAAACAAAGAGGUUGCGUUUCCACUUCGCAUUUUGCACACUAAGAGGGCCAGCUUUUUGUGGACCUUGUACUUUGCUCAAGAUGAGGCCCAGUGCAAGCUUUUUCUAGCUUGUGUGCAAGAAAAAAUGUUUAGCAGGGCUCAGAGAGUUCUAGCUUUUGUACAUGCUAGCCAGACAUUCUUAUAAAACAUAUAUUGUAUGUACCCACCAUGUGUUGAAUGCAGAGGACAUGCAAGACUGUAUUCCUUUACUUCUCAGAGAGCACUUAGGUGCUGCUCUUUUAUUCUGCUUCUUACACGUUUCUUCAAAAUUAAGUGCUUAAGCGUAACUAAUAACCGCUUGUUCCUUUCCUAAACAUUUGUAUCUAAGCUCAAGUAGGUUUAUGACCCCCUGUCUUUCCAAGAUGAAAUGUGGCUAGGUGCUCCACGGAAGUCUCGUAUAUGGCAGUAUUACGCAGAAAAUUUGUGUGCCUAACAUUUACUUGUCUGUAUCGUCGUUAGUCUAUAGAUGUACUGCUUUCCCGUACUUUGCCUCUACUGCCAUGCUGAUGCAUACCAAAAUGCAGCUACAUAGACAUUGUGCUGCAGAGUACCAUGCUUAAGACUCGAUGGUGCUUGUAAUGCUUGUAAAUAAACUGCACUGAUAAGCA